AACACACUUGCGUGUUCCCUAUAUAUAACCAUCCACACCAAAACACACAUUCAGGAAACUCAUCAAAACCACCACACAAGGAAACGUUCAUAAAAUAGAAAACCCCCAGAAAAAGGAAAACCAAUUUCGUAUUCAACACGAAUCCCAAAGAACCCUGUCUAGCUCUCAAAGUCUUCAAGCUGUGUGCGUUUGCAGCUUCCUUGAGAAAUUUGGUGUAACUGGUGAUGCCAUCAUCAUAGUAUGGAUUCACAACAGCUAUAUAGUUUUGGUGUGACAAGUGCAGGACUACCUUAUAUUCCAUCCUUCCCCACAAUUCCGUCGUCGCAACCCAACAGGCUUCUUGGAUCCUUGAAAUUUGACACUGGGAACUCGCCCAAUUCGCCCUUUUCGACUCAUUUUGAUUCUGAUACUCUUUCAGCCUUUAGUGAUAGCCAGGACCAGCAGCACAGCCCUGGAGAAAUCCUAUCCGGCGUCAGCACCUCGUGCAACUCGCCUUUCGAAACCAACCAUUACUUGCAUACAUCAGUCUCGUCUGCAGACAGUAAUAGGGGCAGUUUUCAACUCUAUUCUGCCAGGAGCUCUCUUCUGCAGAAUGCAAAUUGUAACCAGAAAAUUCGAAACGUGUUGCUGGAAUUAGAAUCUGCUCUGAUGGCCCCGGACGAAGAAGAAGUCACUACAUCGAAUGCUUCCAUGGUUGAGAGCAGUGGACCAACAACAUCUGGCCAAAGAAACAGGUCAUGGAGUCAUGAUCAUUACGGCUCGCAAUUUGUUCAGAGCCAGGGAUCAUAUGUAACUGGAAGCAGGCAAACAAGUGAGUUUGAACAUGUUAUGAAGCGCCAGAAAUCGAUAGUGGAAGCAUCAUCGCCCCCAGGUUUCCCCUCGGGAAAUUUGAAACAAUUGCUGGUUGCUUGUGCAGAGGCCAUGGCUGAUGGCAACAUGAAUGAUUUUGAUCAAUUGAUAUCAAAGGCUAAAGGUGCUGUAUCUAUAACCGGUGAGCCAUUGCAACGGCUCGGUGCUUACAUGGUAGAAGGGCUGGUUGCUAGGAAGGAAGCAUCAGGGACCGGCAUCUAUCGCGCCCUUAAGUGCAGAGAGCCGGAAGGCAAAGACUUACUUUCAUACAUGCAAAUGCUGUUUGAAAUCUGUCCCUAUCUGAAAUUUGGUUACAUGGCAGCCAAUGGAGCCAUAGCCGAAGCGUGCCGAGAUGAGGAUCACAUACACAUAAUAGACUUUCAGAUUGCUCAAGGAACUCAAUGGAUGACUCUCCUCCAAGCUCUCGCCGCGAGACCUCGAGGACCUCCCCAUGUGAGGAUCACAGGGAUUGAUGACCCUGUUUCCAGGUAUGCUCGUGGCGAAGGACUAGAGGUAGUUGGGAAAAGGCUGGCCAUGAUGUCUGAGAAAUUUCGCAUCCCGGUGGAGUUUCAUGGAGUGCCGGUUUAUGCUCCGGAUGUGACCAGAGACAUGCUAAAUAUCAGGUCCGGAGAGGCUUUGGCUGUGAACUUUCCUUUGCAACUUCACCAUACUGCUGAUGAGAGUGUUGAUGUGAAUAACCCAAGAGAUGGAAUCCUUAGACUGGUGAAGUCGCUUUCGCCCAAGGUGGUAACAUUGGUGGAGCAGGAAUCAAACACAAACACAACACCAUUUUUCAACAGAUUCAUGGAGACCUUGGACUACUACUUGGCGAUCUUCGAGUCUAUUGAUGUCACACUCCCAAGAAACAGCAAGGAGAGGAUCAAUGUGGAGCAGCAUUGUCUGGCCAGGGAUAUUGUCAACAUUGUGGCUUGUGAAGGGAAGGAAAGGGUCGAGCGCCACGAACUCUUCGGCAAGUGGAAGUCGAGGUUGACUAUGGCCGGAUUCCGGCAGUGUCCUUUGAGCUCCUAUGUGAAUUCUGUUAUAAGAAGCCUUCUCAGGUGCUAUUCUGAACACUAUUCCUUGGUGGAGAAGGACGGAGCCAUGUUGUUGGCAUGGAAGAACAGAAAUUUGAUAUCAGCUUCAGCAUGGCACUGAUAAAAGGAUUAUAUAUAUAUAUAUACAUAUAUAUAGGAAAUAAUUGCUGUAGUAUUAGGAAAAUUAUAUAUGUUGUUGAUUGAGGUUUUAGAUUUCCAAUGCCAUGUAUCCUUAUUAGGUUCUUAAAUUAAAUUUUUGUCCAUAAAA